AUGUACGGUGAAUCAUUGCUCAUAUUAUUGCCAGUACCUGACUUCAGUAUGCCUUUCAAUGUGAUAUGCCUUGUUUGUACUGCCAUUGCUAUGCUUUUUGGCCCAGUACAUACGUUAACUACAAAAACGAUGAUACCGUUGCUGGAGAAAGAUAAGGAUUUAGCACCACUGCCACCAUUACGUCGUUUAUUUGUUUUUUUGUAUAAUAUUAUUGUUGAAAGAAUUUUAGUGAAAUUUCGAAAAUCUAGAAACACAAAGGAAAAAACGUCAUGA